GAAUCAGAGGCUGUACACGGUACGAGUCGUACGAAAACCAACUUUGUUUCAGUACCACUCUCUUCAUUCAGUGUCGCGUCGGUACGUGAUAACCUUCUUCGGCAGUACUCUCGACCUAAAAGGAUGUUUAAAAUCUCGCAAAACAAAUAUUUUUCGGUAGUACUUAAUUCAAACUAAAAUGCUCGAGGGUAGUACCAAAGUAUACAGUGUGCGAUGAGUGCAGUUUCUUCGGUGCAAAAUGCGAAACAAAGGGAGGAAAUAUAUUUCAGCGGUGGUACUUGGAGGGGUGGUACUGUGUGCCCUCGUUGAUCUGGUUUUGGGGCAGAAGGGGUACACGAUAUGUGACGCGCAAGGAUGUAAUUGCACCCUGCUGGCUGGAGGGUGGAAAAAUGUCAAUUGUCAUUUGUUGGAUGAUCAGGACCUGACCUUAUUUCCUGACCACAUACCUGACAAAACCAGCGAAAUCUACAUCAACAACGGUCAAACGAUAACCUUCAGGCCCCGAACUUUCGACAGUCUGAGGGCCUUAUCUGUUAUUAGGUUCGAAAAAGUCCAAAACGUAGUCUUCAAUAGCAGGGCCUUGGUGAAGAUCGCCUCGCCGAGUCUACUAGUUCAAUUUUUCGGCUGUGAUGAUAUCCUGUUCCAGAGUGAGGCGUUUGACGAGAACCAGGGUUCCUUGUCCAUUGAAGUGACAGACUCAAGGACAGUAAAAUUAGAAAAAUCACCUUUCAGCAAUCUGAGCAAAUGUACCCUACAAAACAUCAGAAAUCUUCUUCUAGACAGUGGAUCGUUUGAAAUCAAAAAUUUGGGCAGUAUUGGGAGACAUGGACCAGUAACAGAUGUAUUGUUCAUCAAUAUCGUAGCUCCAGAAAUUUCAAACAAAGUCUUUUUUACCUCUUUGGCAAGGUUGAGCAUCCGGAAUAGCAAGAUUGGACGUAUAUGCAAUGGUGCAUUCCAGUCAUCUCAAAUUUCAGCAAUCGAAUUGAUCAACACCACGAUUGAUACGAUCGAACCCAAAGCUCUCACUGAACGCACUCUGGUGGUCAACUUUAGAAUAACCAAAUGCGAAAUCAACAAGCUAAGGACAGAGGCUGUAACUGCAGGCAUGACCAACUUGAUCGUCAAUCAUUCCACGAUAACAGAGGUUGAGACUGGAGCUAUAGUCAGCACUGCUGCCAACGUAGAAAUCGUAGGUAACGAAGUCCAAACUUUCCAUGCCUCUGCCAUAGAAAUCAACAAAUGGAACAAAGUAAUGAUAGACCAGAAUGUCAUCAUUAACUUGCACAAAGAUUUCAUAACUGUUCCUUGGAACAAAGACGUCCAACUGAUUACUUUUAAAGGCAACGAAAUAUACCAUGCUUUAGAGGGGAGCUUGAAUUUCCUGUCUAAACUUGAUGAGGACGCUGAUAAGCUGGAAUUUGAUGAUAAUUAUUUUGCGAUAUCUUGCAGUUGUGAUCUGGCAGAUUGGAUUGAGUCCCUCACCAACACAACAUCAUACACCGACAAAAUCCUGGACACAAGCUUCUGCAAAGUCGACCAAAGACUCUCCGAGUGUUUCUCACUAUCAAUCGGCAUUAUCAACAUGCAAAACUUCACAGAAAUCACCUGUGUCAACGAGACAGCAGACUGUCGUUCUUACAAUGGCGAAACUCGAACAAUCAACACCACAGGAAAAAUCUUCACUGACUCAGCACAGAACGACAAGCAGAACUGGCUGAUCUUCAUUGUGGUUCUUGUAGCUUGCUUCAUACUGGCUCUGGUCAGUACAUUCGUGGUUCUUCUGAUUCGCGGAAGCAGAUGGCUUAAACGCAGAGUUUGUUCUCUUCAAGGCUACUUCAGAAACGAUUAUUAUGGUAACAAUAAUGAAAGUAACGAUGAAGAGGAGAACACGAUAGUUACAGUGGAGACUGACAAUGAGAAACUUGAGAUUCCUGAGGAGCUGACUAUUGAGUUUUUGCAUGAACUCUCCCAGAGGCUGGAUGAUCCGGCAACGCAUCAAGAGGCUAGCGAGCUGAUUGAGAGGCUGUACGAGAUGUUUAUUAUUGAUGAGAGUUAUGAAAAUAAUAACAGAGAGGAAGAAGCUCAUCUCUACGAGGAACUGGGCAACCUCAACCUCCAAAUCCCUCCACCUCCCUACGAGGAACAACCCUCCUCACCCCAAUCGCCAACACACACGGUACCACCCUCGCAGACCACCACGAGUCCCAGAGGGAUCCUGAAACUAAUGGAGGAGAAGGUCGUGACCACCAAUACUAACACGGAACCUUCCAGGACCGUUCUGGAUGUUUCCAGCAGUAGCACUCGACCGAUUUUGACAGGGGAGUACUGCGAACCCAUCGAUAGGGACGUGCAUCUUUAUUCGGAGCUCAGACAGAAGGACGAAGGGAAGCAGGACAGCGUGAAGAGUACCGGAUCGGGUACUAUGGCGCUGAGACCUUUGCCAGACAAGCCGGGGUUUAGUUUUCAAGCCGGUCCUUCUACCAAAUUGUGAUAUUCGUACUGAUCUUCAAGCGAUGUAAUUUUUAAGUAUUUUUAACGUAUACCAAUCGUAGAGUACUGAAUUUGAGUACCAUAUCUUGUUGAUUUCCAGUACUUCGUAACAUCGUAGUUAUUUUUCAGUUACAUUUUAAAGAAAAGUUUUUAAAUAAAACUCAAGAAAUAGGUAGUUAGUUCUUUAGUACGUACCGACAUCUUUGCUAUAAAACUUCUGAUCUAUGACAAAACUAAAUUUUAUUUGUACGAGGCAUGUUUUUUAAGUACCGUUUUGGAAUUAAAAAAAAACGUGCAAAGAUAUCGCAAUAAUUUUAUUUUUACAUGAAAGC